CAUUGGACAGAGUUGGUGCAGGUGGUAGAAGCGCAAAGAGGAGGAGGCGCAGAAGUUGUCCGAAAUGGUCAAUCUGGCAAGGCUCGUCAAGAAUUGAAAACGAGACUAGAAGAAGGGUGAACCGAAAGAAGACACCUCGCAGCCGUGAAAUUGUCAAAUUGACAUAAUAUACCAAUCUAAUCAUAAGCAAAUGCCCCUACCUAUACUAGCGAAAGUGAAUAGAAUUUGUCAAACACUUCUACUCCAACUGAGCCCCAAACCCUUGUUGGUCAGGCUUACUUAAAUGCUGCUUCCCCUACACACUUGCAAAUGGCUUGCUGUCUGAAAGACGAGCUCCUGUGUUCAAUCUGCCUGAGUAUCUACCAAGACCCUGUCAGUUUCGGCUGCGAGCACUACUUCUGUCGGAAGUGCAUCACGGAGCACUGGAGCAGACAGGAGCAUCACGGUGCCAGAGAUUGCCCAGAGUGCCGGAGGACCUUCGCUGACCCCCUGCUCUCCCCGAGCCUCAAGCUCUCCAACAUCGUGGAGAGAUACUCUGCCUUCCCGCUGGAUGCCAUCCUCAAUGCACAGAGGAGCACCUACCCCUGCAAGGACCACGAGAAGGUCAAGCUCUUCUGCCUCACUGAUAAGAGUCUUGUGUGCUUCUUCUGUGAUGAGCCUGCCUUACAUGAACAGCACCAGGUGACCACCAUUGACGAGGCCUUUGAGGAGCUACAGAGGGAGAUGAAGGAACAGCUGGUGACGCUGCAGGAGAGUGAGAAGGGGCACACUGAGGCUCUACAGCUGCUCCAGAGACAGCUCACAGAGACCAAGUCAUCGGCGAAGAGCCUCCGGGCGACCAUCGGCGAGGCGUUUGAGCGCCUGCACCGUUUCCUGCGCGAGCGGCAGAAGAGCAUGCUGGAGGAGCUGGAAGCGGACACGGCGCGCACGCUCUCCGACAUCGAGCACAAGAUCCAACGCUACAGCCAGCAGCUGCGCGACGUCAAGGAGGGCAUCCAGAUCUUGCAGGAGCGCCUCAGCGAGGGCGCCCGCCACGACUUCCUGGAAGGGGUCGCCCAGACCUCAGAGAGAAUCAAAGGAAAAAUCCACGAGACCAACCUGAGCUAUGAAGACUUUCCCACAUCCAAAUACAUGGGACCACUGCAGUAUACAAUCUGGAAGUCCUUGUUCCAGGAUAUAUCACCAGUUCCCGCGGCGCUGACCCUUGACCCCAUCACCGCGCACCAGCGCCUCAUCCUGUCCGACGACUGCACCAUCGUGGCGUACGGCAACCUGCACCCGCAGCCGCUGCAGGAUUCGCCGCGGCGCUUCGACGUGGAGGUGUCGGUGCUGGGCUCGGAGGCGUUCGGCGCCGGCGUCCACUACUGGGAGGUGAUGGUGUCGGAGAAGACCCAGUGGAUGAUCGGCGUGGCCAACGAGACGGUGUCGCGCAAGGGCAGCAUCCAGAUCCAGCCCAGCCGCGGCUUCUACUGCAUCGUCAUGCACGACGGCAACCAGUACAGUGCCUGCACCGAGCCCUGGACGCGCCUCAACGUCAAGAGCAAGCUGGAGAAGGUGGGCGUCUACCUGGACUACCCCAAGGGUCUGCUGGUCUUCUACAACGCCGACGACAUGUCCUGGCUCUACACCUACCGCGAGAAGUUCCCCGCCAAGCUCUACCCUUACUUUAGCCCCGGCCAGAGUCACGCCAACGGCAAGAACGUCCAGCCGCUCCGCAUCAACACCGUCCGCCUAUAGACGCGCUCGCUCGCACUGUCCCGGGAGUUGACCACUGUGGGAAAGGAAAGGAAAAAAAAAAAGUCAAGAAUGUGGCGGAGAACUUGCUGAUGCUGCCAUUGAUUCCUCUUUCUGCUGAAGACCACCACAUCUACUGACUUCAGAUAAAAAAAAAAAAAAUCAGAUAAUACAAAGCAUACAGGGUGUAUAAAAAAAACCAAACAAAGCAAAUGUUCUGUCCUUUAGGUUUAAUGUCUGAUAUAAGACAUUUGGUUUUGUGGCAGUAUUGUUUAUGGUAGCCCUUGGAUAUGUGAGGGUGUGGAAAUCACAAAGACUGGUGUGUGUGUGUGUGUGUGUGUGUGUGUGUGUGUGAGAAAGAAUGGGAAAGACAGACUUAAGCACAGCCAAGGCACCUGUAUUGGUUUCUCAAAGCUUUAUGAAGGGGAUCAUUUGCAAUCUCUCUACAGUCCACAAUCAAUUUCCCCAGUUGCAAUGACCAGAAGACAGUGCCCACACACACUAUCUAUAACCAUUCUUCAUAUGAUUAUGGUUAUGGGAUUUAGCAGAUGCUUUUGUCCAAAAUGACAUACAAAUAACAAUACAAUUAAUAUAAAGGUUGGAAUGCAGAAGAUGAUUCCUCUCAGCAGGGGUCAUCGUAGUAAACGUGUCGCCUUUUUACUUCUUCUUUGUGCAAUGGGCUUUGGUGUGUUUGUGGAGUCCCACUAGCACCACUAUGCCACCCUCUUGUUUUAUAUGUUUUAUUUGAUGUGAUUUGGUGCAGUGAGCAUCUUGUGCUGGUAGUGGCCGACCUUUUCAUCCCCUCCUCCCUCCCCUACUCCUCCCCUCACUCUAAAAGCAGAGACCUGGCCGUUGCUCUGUUCCCACUCCUUGCGGUCAGCAGCUGGAGUCGGGUGUGUGGUUCUUUGGGCUUUACCCCUCCUCAGGAGCAAGUGGACGUGUCGGCUGCUGUUGCUGCUGCUCCCUUCUACCCAGUAGUACAGGCAGACGAAGUAUCUAGCUACAGCAGUAAUUGUGAAUGUCAGUGUGUCUGUGGGCUUGUGUGUGUGUGGGGGUUAGGGGAUAGCUGUGUGUGUGUGUGUGUGUGUGGGUGUGCGUCUUUUUGGG